AUGGCCCCGCGGCCGUCGGGCCCCCACCUCGCCCAGCGGCUGCGAACACUAUGCCUGUCAUGCCCGCCAGUGUCAGCACUCUUCUAUGCCCGCCUCUACCGCGCUCUGUUCCCGCCAACCGACACGGAGCAUGACUCGCUGCACAUUCUCGCCCUGUGUUUACUCCAGUCCGAUCAGGCGUACCCGGCCCUCCAUGUGGUCCGCGACCUGGCCGACGCCGACGCAGACCCCAAAGACGACAUUCCAGACUAUGAGAAUGGUAUCCCUGCUCGUCGACCGGGCUGCUAUGGCUGCGCGGUCAUUGUGGCCAAGUGCUGCGACAAGCUCAAGCGAUACUCGGAGGGACAACAAGUCCUUGGACGUGCUAUUCGUCGCAGCCUCCACAUGACCCUCCCCACUCCGUCACCCUUGGAUACGGCAGCGACAGACAGCCUCCUGCUCGCAUCGCUCUCGCUCAAGGGCAAGGCGCCUGCGCAGGCCGUCGACCACUUCCGACUGGCGCUGGGACAGGACCCGUGGCUUUGGGAGGCAUUCACGGGUCUGUGUGAUGCUGGCGCCCCACCUCUGAUGGACUUGGUGUUCCCGGACCCACCCAGCAGCUCGACGAGGUCAACAUCGCAGCGCACGUCGCGGCACGCGACCGUCUCGCCAGGACCGAUGCCUCGGUCGUCUGCGUCUGAAGUGCCAAACUUCCUCAGCCGCCGGCAGUUGAGCCCUCUGGCGUCUGGUGCGCCCACGGGCGGGUUCUUCACCCCAGAUGUCGGCGCCUCUGCUGCACCACCGGCUGCCCCAAGGCUGGGCAUGUUGGGCACGGUGACGUGGGACACACCGUCGAUGAUGGCCGACACGACGUUUCCCUCGAUCGGCGAUCAAGGCGGCCCCAGCGCCGCUCGCCGCCCGUUACCCAACCUCAUCUCUGCAUUCUUGCCAUCGGCGUCGUCUGUGCUUCCUGCUGCAUUGCGUUCGACGCCCAACCCAGCGUCCGAUGGGCUCCCAUCCAAGCCGCCUGCCAUGAAGCGUCCUCGCGGUGCCAACGCUAUGCGCAGGCCUGCCGAAACCCCCGUCGGCGGACCUCUGACUGUCGAGUCGCGGUUCAACGGCCGCGACGUCAAGAUGAUGGAGCCCAACGGAGACAAGUACCUCGACCCCCCAGUGCGCCGCAGCUCGAGGCUGAACACGGGUUCGGGCAAGACUUCGUCGAGGCUGGCUCGUGAACGCGAAAAACGGUCUACACGCUCCCACUCGGUCACGUCGUCGGCAUCGGGCCAGGGCCCCGACACCCUGGCAGCGACGACCAUUGAGCAGCAGGUGCAGGCCCAGGUGGACGACUGGCUCCGGGACGUGGUCCGCCGGUGUGCGCGGGCGUACCGCUACCUGAGCAUGUUCCAGUGCCAGGAUGCGCUGAAUGAGAUUGACCAGCUGCCACUCGAGGUCCAAAGUUCGCCGUGGGCGUAUGACAUGGCCGCGAGGUGCUUUUACGAAAUGUGCAGCUAUGUCAAGGCACGCCGUGCAUUCCAGGCGCUGCUCCACGAAGAGCCGUACCGCCUCGAGGGCAUCGAGUACUACUCUACGACGCUGUGGCACCUCAACGACAUGUAUGCGCUCUCGCACCUGUCCCAAGUGCUCGUGUCCGUCGACCGCGACGCGCCACAGCCGUGGAUCGCUGCGGGCAACUGCUUUUCGCUGAAACGAGAGCACGACGAGGCCAUGCGGUGUUUCCGGCGCGCGGCGCAGCUCGACCCCGGGUGCGCGUACGCGUGGACGCUGUGCGGCCACGAGGCGCUCGAGAUGGACGAGCACGACCGCGCGAUUGCGUUUUUCCGCACGGCCAUCCGCGCCGACGCGCGCCACUACAACGCGUGGUACGGCAUGGGCGUCGUGUACAUGAAGAUGGGCAAGCACCGGCACGCCGAGCACCAUUUCCGGCGCGCGACCGAGAUCAACCCGUGCAACUCGGCGCUCCUGUGCUGUAUCGGCCAGGUCCUGGAGAAGCUGCACAACUACCCGGGCGCGCUGGUCAUCUACGAGCAGGCGUGCCAGUACGGCGACGACAGCGCCAUGGCGCGGUUCAACCGCACGCGCGUGCUCGUCGCGCUGGGCCGUGUCGAGGAAGCGAUCCGUGGCCUCGAGCCGCUCGCGCGCGAGACGCCCGACGAGGCAAACGUCCAUUUCCUCCUGGGCAAGACGUACCUGCGCGCCGGGCGCAACGCCGACGCCAUGGUGGCCUUUACGUCGGCGCGCGAGCUGCAGCCCAAGCUCGAGGGCGCGAUCCGCGCCGCGCUCACGGCCCGCGGCGAGGACGGCGACGAGGACGACGAGGUGUAG